AUGGCGAGCCCCGCCGUGCUGGGGCUGCUGCCCCCCCUGAGCUCCCCGCCCGGCCCCAACCUGAACAACAACAACAACAACAACCAGGGCGUGAGGAAGUGCGGGUACCUGCGCAAGCAGAAGCACGGCCACAAGCGCUUCUUCGUGCUGCGGGGCCCGGGCGGCGGGGAGGAGGCGGGGGGCGCCCGGCUGGAGUACUACGAGAGCGAGAAGAAAUGGAGGAACAAGUCCGGGGCGCCCAAGCGGGUGAUCGCCCUGGAGUCCUGCCUGAACAUCAACAAGCGGGCGGACGCCAAGCACAAGUACCUCAUCGCCCUCUACACCAAGGACGAGUACUUCGCCGUGGCGGCCGAGAACGAGCAGGAGCAGGAGGGCUGGUACCGGGCUCUCACCGACCUGCUCAACGAGGGCAAGGCGGCCUGCCAGGGGUCCCCCCACCGCCACCUCGCCUCCCCCUUCUCCGUCUCCUGCAGCGCGGCCGCCGCCUCCCUGGCCGCCGCCGGCGAGGACCUCAACUACGGGCUGAUCACCCCGGCCGCCGCUGCCUACCGGGAGGUCUGGCAGGUGACGCUGAAGCCCAAGGGCUUGGGGCAGAGCAAAAACCUCACCGGCGUCCACCGGCUCUGCCUCUCGGCCCGCACCAUCGGCUUCGUGCGCCUCAACUGCGAGCUGCCCUCGGUCACGCUGCAGCUGAUGAACAUCCGCCGCUGCGGCCACUCCGACAGCUUCUUCUUCAUCGAGGUGGGGCGCUCGGCGGCCACCGGCCCCGGCGAGCUCUGGAUGCAGGCGGACGACUCGGUGGUGGCCCAGAACAUCCACGAGACCAUCCUGGAGGCCAUGAAGGCGUUGAAGGAGCUGUCCGAGUUCCGGCCCCGCAGCAAGAGCCAGUCCUCCUCCUCCUCCUCCUCCGGGGGCGCCGCCGGGCCCGGCGGCAGCGGCGUCUCUGCCACCCACCCCAUCACCGUGCCCGGCCGCCGGCACCACCACCUGGUCAACCUGCCUCCCAGCCAGACCGGCCUCCUCCGCCGCUCCCGCACCGACAGCCUCGCUGCCGGCGCCGGCACCAAGUGCACGCCGUGCCGGGUGCGGACGGCCAGCGAGGGCGACGGCUGCCGGGUGGGCUCGGUGGCCGGCAGCCCCAUGAGCCCGGGACCCGUGCGGACCCCCCUCAGCCGCUCGCACACGCUUAGCAGCGGCGGGGGCCGGCAGGCGGGGAAGCUGCUGCCGGUGCUGGCCGGCGGCGGCGGCGGCCUGCAGAGCAGCCGCUCCAUGUCCAUGCCCGCCUCCCACUCGCCCCCCUCCGCCACCAGCCCCAUCAGCCUCUCCUCCAGCAGCGGCCUCGGCUCCGAGCCUGCCCAGGCGCAUCACCCGCAGCGCCCGUCCAGCGGCAGCGCCUCCGUCUCCGGCUCCCCCAGCGACGCCGGCUUCAUGUCCUUCGACGAGUACGGCUCCAGCCCGGGCGGCGACCUGCGGCCCUUCUCCUCCUCCUCCACCGCCAGCAACCGCAGCAACACCCCCGAGUCGGUGGCCGAGACCCCGCCGGUGCGGGACCCCGGGGGCGGCACCGACCUCUACGGCUACAUGGCGAUGGAGCGGCCCCCGAGCGGCCGCCUCUGCUACCGGCCCUGCCCCGACGCCGCGGCCGACAGGGGCCAUCGGAAGCGGACCUACUCCCUGACCACCCCGUGCCGGCAGCGGCCCGCCCCGCCGCAGGUCUCCUCCGCCUCCCUCGACGAGUACACGCUGAUGCGCGCCACCUUCGCCGGCAGCGCCGGCCGCCUCUUCCCCUCCUGCCAAGCCGGGGCUUCCCCCAAAGUGACCUACACCCCCUACCCCGAGGACUACGGGGACAUCGAGAUCGGCUCCCACCGCAGCUCCGGCAGCAGCAGCACCAACCUGGGGCCGCCGGCAGGGGGGGGAGGAGGAAGAGGAGGAGGGGGAGAUGAUGACGGCUACAUGCCCAUGACCCCCGGCGUGGCCCCAGCCGUAGGGCAGGGAAGCCGGGGCGGCGAUGACUACAUGCCCAUGAGCCCCACCAGCGUGUCCGCCCCCAAGCAGAUCCUGCAGCCCCGCGCGGGGGUGGGUGGCGGGUCCCCCGGGAACGGGAGCAGCUACAAGACCAGCUCACCCGGGGAGAGCUCCCCUGACGAUAGCGGGUACAUGCGGAUGUGGUGCGGCUCCAAGCUGUCCGUGGAGAGCUCAGACGGGAGGCUGAGUAACGGCGACUAUAUCAACAUGUCCCCUCGGGACCCCCAGCACGGGCCACAGGCUCCCUCCCUCACCCCCCCUGACUUCUUUUUUGCCCCUUCGGGGCAUGGGUCCAGCGAGCCCCCCAAGCCCGGCUGCUAUUCGUACAGCUCCUUACCCCGCUCCUACAAGAGCCAGGGCCUGGCGAAGGACAACGACCAGUAUGUCUUCAUGAACUCCCCGGGGAGGAUGAUCCCGGAGGAGGCUGUGUGCGGGGCGGGCCAGUCCCCCGCCAGCACCUUCGCCCCCUCCAGCCACACGGUGCCUUCGCCCCUGCGGCACAGCCGGACCGAGAGCUUCCUGAGCCAGCGGUGCCAGCGGGCGGCCCGGCCCAGCCGCCUCUCUCUGGAGACCUUGCGGACGAUGCUGCCCAGCAUGAACGAGCACCCUCUGCCGCCCGAGCCCAAGAGCCCGGGUGAGUACAUCAACAUCGACUUCGGGGAUGCUGCCGUCUAUUCUCCCCCCUCGCUGCCUGCCGACAGCCCGGCCUCCUCCCUGGGCUCGGGCACGGGGCAGAGGCGCUCCCCUCUCUCUGACUACAUGAACAUUGACUUCGGGUCGCAGUCGCCCUCCCAGUCGGGCACGGUCUCGGUGGGCUCCCUGGAAGCGCUCUCGCCAGGUUCUUCUUCCAGCACCAGCCAGCCCGACGGGCGCUACCUGAAAGCGGCUGUGGGGGUGGCUUGCCUGUCCAGCCCCUCCGACGGUGGGGAUUACACUGAGAUGACCUUUGGCAUGGCCACCACCCCACCCCAACCCAUCGUUCAGAAGCCAGAAAGUGCCCGGGUCACCAGCCCCACGGCUGGGGUGAAGAGGCUCACCCUCUCCGGGGUGGAGGCUUUCAUUCUCUCCAGCCCUCCCCCAGAUCCGAACCGGGGGGCCAAGGUCAUCCGGGCGGAUCCCCAGGGGCGUAGGAGGCACAGCUCGGAAACUUUCUCCUCCACCACCACUGUGACCCCGGUGUCCCCCUCCUUCGCACACAACCCCAAACGGCACAACUCGGCCUCGGUGGAGAACGUGUCCCUCAGGAAAAGCGAAGGCCUGGAGGAGGAGCAGGGUAGCAGCCCCAUGUGCCGGGAGACCUCGGCUGGCUUCCAGAACGGCCUCAACUACAUCGCCGUCGACGUGGUGGACGGGACCCUGGCAAACUGUGACAAAGCCAGGUCGAAAGCCAGGCACGUCCUGAACGGGGGCAUCAACGGAGUGGAGAUGAGCGCCUAUGCCAGCAUAGACUUUCUGUCUCACAACCUGAAAGAAGCGAGUGCUGUGAAAGAGUGAAGGAGUUAGUUUUCUCACCAUGACCUCAAACAACAGAGUACAACAUUCAAAGAAGCUGCUCGGCAUAUACCUUUUUUGUUGUUGUUUCGGGGUUUUUUUUGUGGGGGGUUUUUUGUUUGUUUUUUUUUUUUUAACUGAAGCUGCUUAAGGUUUACUUUUUGUUGUUGUUGUUACUGUUGGUCCAGACAGUUACUUAACUGUUGUGGACUAAACUGUGCAACAGAUCUGGGAGGAAGGGAAAGCAACCUGCC